ACAGGAUUCGGGUAAAGUUACGCUUUAAGGUCGCCGGCUGUACUAUAAAAGAGUAAGAAAUCCGACAUUUGAUGUCAGUUGAGUUAAGAGCUUCAUUUAGUGUAAAAAAUAUAAUUAUGUUUGUGAAGAAGUCCUGCUUACUUAUUGCCACAAUCUCCCUAGUAAGCGCAACGGGAGUAAUAAACUUGGGCCAUUAUGGUGGUUAUGGAUUAGGAGCUGGACUGGGCGCAGGAGUUGGGGCCGGGCUGGGUGCCGGACUAGGCGCAUACGGAGCAGCCGGAUUAGGAGCGGGAUUAGAGAAUGGAGGUGGGAACUAUGGACAUGGUGUAGCUAUUGGACACGUGGCUGAACAGGUAGUUUCCUCAAUUCCCGUAGUUCAAACUAGGGUGGAACCAUAUGACCAUAAUCCUAUCUAUGGUUACUCUUAUACAGUACAUGAUUCACACACUGGAGAUUCUAAACACCAGAUUGAAACUAGACAUGGAGACUCUGUUAGAGGAGAGUACAGCCUGGCUGAACCCGAUGGCAGCAGACGUACCGUACACUACGCUUCCGAACCGCACACCGGUUUUAACGCCGUAGUUCACAGAAGUCAUCACUAGAACUGAAACUUUUUGAAGCUCGGCUAAAUUAUAUACUGACCUUAUGAACUUCCAACUUUAUGGUUUUUGCCUUUCAUUACUGUAUUUACUUGUCUAUUUUAGAAUUAGGUAGAUAUUAAGACUGACCCUGUAUAUUUGUUUAUUGGAAGAAUAAAAAGUUUUGAAUAAAUGGAUAAAAAUACGA